CACGAAGUCUCGUCAGCCACUUGUCGUGAGCACGCGACAUAUAUGCAGAUCGAUUAAGUUGCUUCGAUUUCUUGCUUCUUUAUUUUUAUCAGUCAUUAUUGUUUGAAGUGAUUCUUGUUUCAUUUAUUGUUUCCUGAUUAAAAAUGCCGUUUCCGGAAACCGCCAAUGGUCAUGAUAGUUUUCCGGCUGCCAAACAGUUGACUAAUAAUGAUGUGCUGCAAACAAAUCUGAAGCAUGCACGACAUACGUACACUUUCGAAACGUUACAGGAAUCAGCACAAUAUUUAUUAGAUCGCAUCAACAUUAGACCGAAAAUAGGAAUUAUAUGCGGCUCGGGAAUGGGAUCAUAUGAGCAAAACGAGUUGUGUCCAGGUUUGAUUGCGGAAUCCCUCAUGGACAAGCAGUGUUUCCCUUAUGAAGAAAUCCCACAUUUUCCGGUGUCUACGGUGAAAGGCCAUACCGGUCAGAUGGUCUUUGGUUAUCUUCAAGGCGUACCAGUCAUGUGCAUGCAGGGGAGAUUUCAUUACUAUGAAGGUUAUCCACUUUGGAAGUGUGCUAUGCCAGUGAGAGUGAUGAAAUUGGUAGGUGUGACACAUUUAAUCGCUACGAACGCUGCUGGUGGUUUAAAUCCUACUUACAAAGUAGGUGAUAUCAUGAUAGUGAAGGAUCAUGUGAACAUGAUGGGUUUUGCCGGCAACAACCCGCUUCAAGGACCGAAUGAUGACAGAUUUGGCCCUCGAUUUCCACCCAUGAGCAAAGCCUACGAUGCCACGUUGAUGGAGAUUGGUAGACAGGUAGCUCAAGAAAUGGGCAUUGGUGAUAUCGUACACGAAGGAGUUUACACGUGUUUGGGUGGGCCUAAUUUCGAGACGGUAGCAGAGUUGAAAAUGUUACGAAUGGUUGGCGUCGAUGCAGUUGGCAUGUCCACGGUUCACGAGGUGAUCACUGCUCGACAUUGCGAUCUCACCGUGUUCACGUUUAGUUUAAUCACUAACCUGUGUGUUACUGAUUACGAAGAUUACGGCGAGGCGAACCAUGAGGAAGUAAUGGACGUCGGUAAAGCGCGACAACCGAUUCUUCAAGCAUUUGUGUCUAGAAUUGUAAUUUGUCUUAGGGAUAUGUUGCAAUUGGAAACCAAAUAAAAUUCGCGUUUAA